AUGGAGGAGUCGGAUUCGGAAUCGGCGGCGAAGCAGCUCGGACUGGCCGAGGCGGCAGCUGUAGCAGCUGCGGCUGCUGCUGUGGCGGCUGUGGCUGGUGAGGAGGAGGCGGAGGAUUCGGAAGCCGAGGCUGGCGUGACAGCCGUGACUGUAAUGGCGGAUCCGGAACAAAUCGACCUAGCGGCCGAUUCCCUGCCGAAUCCGGACGAUGCUGAUGCAGCAUUUGCAGAAGUAACCACAGUGACUGUAGCAAAUGUAGCUGCUGCUGGUGCAGUAGAUAAUGUAUUUACCACGUCAGUUGCAAAUGCGGCUUCCAUUUCUGAGCACGUUUUGUCAAGGAGGGCAGCCCUUCAAAUAGGAGAUGGUCUGAGCACAGAAAAAGCAACCCUGAUAGUUGUUCACACUGAUGGCAGUAUUGUUGGAACUACUGGACUGAAAGCACCAGCCGCACCCAUUACUUCAGGCCAACAGUUAUCUUCAACCCCAUUGAGUCCUAGCCCUGAAAAGGAUGGAAUGAAAUACAACUGGGACCCUUCUGUGUAUGAGAAUGAAUUACCAGUGAGGUGCCGAAAUACCAGUGGGCUGUUAUAUAAAAACAGGCUUGGCGAUGGCAUUCUGAACCCCCAUGCUGCCUCCUGCACUUGUGCUGCAUGCUGUGAUGACAUGUCCUUGAGUGGUCCAGUAAGGCUUUUUGUGCCCUAUAAACGGCGAAAAAAAGAAAAUGAGCCACCAACAGUUCCUGCAAAGAAGGAGUCUCCCAAAAAUCUAACUUUGCUGCCAGCCACUGCAGGGACCACAUAUACAGUGACAUCAGCUGAGCAGAUUACAGCUUCUGGAGCUAUGACAUUCGACCGAGCAUCUACAGCUGAAGCUACGGCCAUCAUUUCUGAAAGUCCUUCCCAGGGGGAUGACUUCACAAGAGCAACAAUGUUGGCGUCCAUUCCAGCGCUGUCAGUGCCUCCAACCACUCCCACAAAAGCCAUUUCUCCCACCACAAUAAACGGACUUGAGUUAACUGAGCAAAGGAGCUGGCUAUACUUGGAAGAAAUGGUUGAAUCUUUGCAGAACACAGCACAGCAGCUCAAGUCUUUGAUUGAGCAGGCAAAACAGGCAAGUGUAGCUUGCAAGGAAGCUGCAGUUGCACAAGCUAAGAUGCUGGCAGACGCAGAGAGAAAAGAGUAUCCAACUCAGAUGGCAUUCCAGCAGACAGAAGAUGUGGAUGGAAAAACAGAGAUAAUAAUAAAGCAAUCCUGUGUCAACUGUGGUCGAGAAGCUAUGAAUGAAUGCACUGGCUGUCACAAAGUAAAUUAUUGCUCAACAUUCUGCCAGCGUAAGGACUGGAAGGAGCAUCAACACGUCUGUGGUCAACCAGCAGUAGUCUCUGUCCAGACAGAAGAUGUGCAGGUCACUGGUGAUGAACUUGACAAAGUCAGGGGUUAAAUGCUUGUGGCAUGAAGCAGAGCUUGGCCAUUCUGACUGCAGAUGCCUGUGAUAGGGAGCGCAGUACCUGGAGCAAGCAUGAGAAGCCUUUCCAUCCAUGGGAUAUUGUUUUCUCUGUGUUAUGUUGGGCUCAGCACUGCAGGUAAACACAGAAAGGAUGACAAGAAAUGCAUACAGUGGUACCAUGAAGUGGUGUGAGAUGUGUUAUGGUAUUGACUGCAUCAAGUAAUUUAUUUUAGAGGAAAAAAGGAACAUUAUAUUGGCUUUCCUCAUGAUUGACUGAUACAUACUGACACCACUUAAGCUAGUUUAUGCUUCAGCAGAGGUGUGUCAGUAUUGUUUUAACGUAUGUGACAUGGGAAACCAAGGAUACUUGCAUCGUAUUUUGAAUGGUCGGCCCAAGUAUCCUAGUUGCACUGCAACUUCUUGUUCUCUCUGCAUACAGAGUGGUACCAUUAUAAAAUCUAUGAUUAACUGGAAAUGUGGGAAAAAUAAAUAUGUAAUGUAUA